GCCGCCUCUUCGCUCGGCGCUUUUCUGGGCUCAGGCCGCGCGGGCGCGAGUGGCGGCGGCUCGCGGCGUCGUGGCGCGCGGGGCGCAGGCGCAGCGCGAGUGGCGCGCGCAGCCCGCUGGUGGCCGCCGCUGCCUCUUCCUCGCCGCCCCCCUCGGCGUCCUCUUGAGAGCCCCGCGUCUCCCUCGUCCCCCGGUCGCCGUUGUCGUCGCGCGCCCGCGGCGAGGGGCGGGCCCAGGCGGCCGGGAAAACCCGCCGACCCCGGCGCGAGGCUAACGGCCGCUACCGCUCCCAGGCCCCGCACGCCGCGCCAUGGGGGACAGCGACGACGAGUACGACCGGCGGCGCAGGGACAAGUUCCGGCGGGAGCGCAGCGACUACGACCGGUCCCGGGAGCGGGACGAGAGGCGUCGGGGGGACGACUGGAACGACCGGGAGUGGGACCGCGGGCGUGAGCGCCGCAGUCGAGGCGAGUACCGGGACUAUGACCGCACCCGCCGGGAGCGCUUCUCGCCCCCGCGCCACGAGCUCAGCCCCCCGCAGAAGCGUAUGAGGCGAGACUGGGAUGAGCACAGUUCUGACCCGUACCACAGUGGCUAUGAGAUGCCCUAUGCUGGGGGGGGCGGGGGCCCCACCUAUGGCCCCCCUCAGCCCUGGGGCCACCCAGAUGUCCACAUCAUGCAGCAUCAUGUUCUGCCCAUCCAGGCCAGGCUGGGCAGCAUCGCCGAGAUUGACCUGGGUGUGCCCCCGCCUGUGAUGAAGAGCUUCAAGGAGUUUCUCCUCUCCCUGGACGACUCGGUGGAUGAGACGGAGGCGGUGAAGCGCUACAAUGACUACAAGCUGGACUUCCGGCGGCAGCAGAUGCAGGAUUUCUUCCUGGCGCACAAGGACGAGGAGUGGUUCCGGUCUAAGUACCACCCAGAUGAGGUGGGGAAGCGAAGGCAGGAGGCCCGGGGGGCCCUGCAGAACCGCCUGAGGGUCUUCCUGUCCCUCAUGGAGACAGGCUGGUUCGAUAACCUCCUCCUGGACAUCGACAAAGCUGAUGCCAUCGUCAAGAUGCUGGACGCUGCUGUGAUUAAGAUGGAAGGAGGGACAGAAAAUGACCUACGCAUCCUGGAGCAGGAGGAGGAGGAGGAGCAGGCAGGAAAGCCUGGGGACCCCAGCAAGAAAGAGGAAGGCCGGGCUGGCCCAGGCCUGGGAGAUGCAGAACGCAAGGCCAAUGACAAAGAGGACAAGAAAGAAGAGGGCAAACAGGCCGAGAAUGACAGUUCCAGUGAAGACAAGACCAAGAAGUCGGAGGGCGAAGGGGACAAGGAAGAGAAGAAAGAGGACUCGGAGAAGGAGGCCAAAAAGAGCAAAAAGAGGAACAGAAAGCACAGCGGCGAUGACAGCUUUGAUGAGGGCAGUGUGUCCGAGUCGGAGUCGGGCUCGGAGAGUGGCCAGGCAGAGGAGGAGAAGGAGGAGUCGGAGGAAGCGUCGAAGGAGAAGGAGAAGCCCAAGGAGGAAGAGCGGGAGAAAGCCAAGGACGGGCCCGGGCUGGAAUGUAAGCCUAGGCCCCUGCACAAGACCUGCUCCCUGUUCAUGCGCAACAUCGCCCCCAACAUCUCCCGGGCCGAGAUCAUCUCCCUCUGUAAGAGAUACCCAGGCUUUAUGCGCGUGGCCCUCUCGGAGCCGCAGCCUGAGAGGAGAUUUUUCCGGCGUGGCUGGGUAACCUUUGACCGCAGCGUGAACAUUAAGGAGAUUUGCUGGAAUCUGCAGAAUAUCCGACUCCGGGAGUGCGAGCUGAGCCCCGGGGUAAACAGAGACCUGACACGCCGAGUGCGGAACAUCAAUGGCAUCACCCAGCACAAGCAGAUCGUGCGCAAUGACAUCAAGCUGGCGGCCAAGCUGAUCCACACACUGGACGACAGGACCCAGCUCUGGGCAACGGAGCCCGGCACGCCGCCUCUGCCAGUGAGCCUGCCCUCGCAGAACCCCAUCCUGAAGAAUAUCACCGAUUACCUGAUCGAGGAAGUGAGCGCCGAGGAGGAGGAGCUGCUGGGGAGCAGUGGAGGGGCGCCCCCUGAGGAGCCGCCCAAGGAGGGGAACCCUGCUGAGAUCAAUGUGGAGCGGGAUGAGAAGCUGAUCAAGGUCUUGGACAAACUACUCCUGUACUUGCGCAUCGUCCACUCGCUGGACUACUACAACACCUGCGAGUACCCCAACGAGGACGAGAUGCCUAACCGCUGUGGCAUCAUCCACGUGCGUGGGCCCAUGCCCCCCAACCGCAUCAGUCACGGCGAAGUGCUCGAGUGGCAGAAGACAUUCGAGGAGAAGCUGACACCCCUGCUGAGUGUGCGGGAGUCCCUGUCUGAGGAAGAGGCCCAGAAGAUGGGGCGUAAAGACCCCGAACAGGAAGUGGAGAAGUUUGUCACCUCUAACACCCAGGAACUGGGCAAGGAUAAGUGGCUCUGCCCUCUCAGUGGCAAGAAAUUCAAGGGCCCUGAGUUUGUGCGCAAGCACAUCUUCAACAAGCACGCUGAGAAAAUCGAGGAGGUCAAGAAGGAGGUGGCGUUCUUCAACAACUUCCUCACUGAUGCCAAGCGCCCGGCUCUGCCUGAGAUCAAGCCCGCCCAGCCUCCCGGCCCCGCCCAGAUUGUACUCCCCCCAGGCCUGACUCCAGGACUCCCCUACCCGCACCAGACUCCGCAGGGCCUCAUGCCUUAUGGUCAGCCGCGGCCCCCCAUCUUGGGCUACGGAGCCCCGAUGGUCUUUGUAGCUGGUGGUGUCCGCCCCGCAGUCCCCACAGGAGGGCCUCCGUACCCCCACGGCCCCUACGGUGCUGGCCGAGGCAACUACGAUGCCUUCCGAGGCCAGGGAGGCUAUCCCGGCAAGCCUCGCAACAGGAUGGUUCGUGGGGACCCACGGGCCAUUGUGGAAUACCGUGACCUGGACGCUCCAGAUGACGUGGACUUCUUCUGAGCGCCUGGCGUCUCACUCCCGGUCUCUGUACUGACUGCCGUGCCCCAGCCAGCUCAGUUUUUGUACGUUCAGCCCUACUGCCAAUAAAUGCACUUCCACGGGGA